AUGGUCAAAGUCCUCAUCUCCCUCAGUGUGUUGGCCGCUGCCGCUACGGCUGGGUCCGUCACAGAACUCCCCGAAUCUGUGACCAAGCUCAUCGACUACUCCAUCAACCCCUGCGACGACUUUUAUCAAUAUGCGUGUGGUGCGUGGCACAAUGAUGCUGUGAUCCCCCCGGACGAACACCAAGUCGAUACGUCGUACGCCAAGAUCUACAGCGAAAAUGAAGCCGUGUUGAAGACGAUUUUGUCUGACUACAAGCCUAAGCUUGGUGAAUUUUACAACUCUUGUUUGGACACGGCUACGCUAUCAUCGCUGGGCCUGACUCCGCUGGAGGACUCGUUCAAAGCCAUUCGGUCGGCCAACACCACGUUGGACCUCCUCAUCGUGGCUGGUAAAUUGGCCAAGAACGACAUCCCUGCGUUCGUGGACAUCAACUCCAGCUUAGACGACAACGAUGUGACCAAGCACGCCCUCUUCGGUUACCGAGCCCCCCUGUCGCUGGAUCGAGAGUACUACACCAACCCUUCAAAUUGGAAGGCCGUCGAAGCCGACUACAAGGUGUACAUUGCGUCGGUGUUACAGCUAGCUGGCUACACUGCUGAGAAAGCGGCGGCUGCCGUGCCAGUGAUCAUCCGUUUCGAGCAAAGUCUGGCCGGUGUCUCCCUCAGCGAGCUCGAGGAGAUGGAGCCCGUUGAGUCUCCCUAUACUGCAUUGACGUUCUACCAACUGGACCAGAAGUACCCACUGCUGAUCGGCUCGUGGCUCAAGGCCAACGGCUUCAACGUACGCGACCAGUGCGGUGGGUCAAACGACUGGGUGGGGUUUUACUACUUGACCUACUUUGACAAGGCCGAAGUGUUGUUGAAGAACACGACGCUGGACAACCUCCGCACCAUCGUGGAAUACAAGCUCAUCCAUGCCUCGUCGAACCACUUGACUCCUGAAUUCCGCACGGCCAACUGGAACUUCUUCGGCAAGAAGAUCGAUCGCAAAAGGGAGGAACCUUCUCGUGAAAAGUUCUGCCUGACUCAGACGAGCUCCAAAUCCACCCUCGGGUAUCUCUUGGGCCAGUACUUCUUAGACGCGAUGUGGUCGGCUGAUACGGCCAAGACGGCCAACGACCUGGUGAAGGCCUUGAGGUCGUCCUUCUCCACUGGCAUUGCCACCGCCGACUGGUUGGACAACUCGACCCGCGCCAACGCACAAACGAAGCUGUCCAAGCUUGUACACUUGUUGGGUGGCCCGGAGAAGCCGCAGCUGUACCCCACGCUGACGUUGGACUCGAAGUCGUAUCUGAACAACCGGUGGAAGGUGUCUCAAGUGAACAUCGACACCAAUUUGAAGCUGAACGGUCAACCUGUGGACAGGCGCAGGUUCAACAUGGCCCCCCAUGAGGUGAACGCGUACUACAACAGAUACGUAAACCAAAUUGCGUUCCCGGUCGGCGUUUUGCAAAAACCGUUCUUUGACGGCCAGUUUGACGCCGCCCAGAACUUUGGUGCCAUCGGGAUGGUAAUCGGACACGAAAUUACCCACGGGUUCGACCACUUGGGCCGCAAUAACGAUGGCGACGGCAACGUGAACCCAUGGUGGUCGAACACCACCAGCACUGCGUUCAAGACGAAAGCCCAGUGCAUUAUCGACCAAUACUCCAACAUUGUCGUCAAGAGCGAAGUGAAUGGCACUGUAUUGGGCAACAUCAGCGGCAAGAUCUCUUUGGGCGAAACCAUUGCGGACAACGGGGGGCUCAAGACCAGUUUCCGCGCGUACCACGAGUACUUGAAGGAGUUCCCGUCGCAGUACACGGAAGAAGCAGGCGACAAGUUGUUCUACUUGUCGUACGCCCAAUCCGCGUGCUCCAAGAACACGGAUGCCUACCUCCUCAGAUCUUUGAAGCAGACGCACCCGCGCGGUCGGUACCGCGUGACAGGGGCGUUGCAAAACAACGCUGAGUUUGCCCGUGUGUUCCAGUGCCCCACCGACUCGUACUUGAACCCGUCCAAGAAGUGCUUGUUGUGGGAAUAG